AGUACCACCGCACUGACUGACAGUGAGUGAAUGAUUCCCCUGCUGCCUGCAGGUGGCGCUCGCCGCUGGCGGAGGUGACGUUGUGAUUAGGCCCGGACGCUGUCACGCAGCAGCAGCAGAGAGAGGAUCUGCACCAGCAGUGAGUGACGGCGGGAAUUCCUCGGUUACUUCGGGGCAUGGCGACGGUGUCUGAGCAGCGUGCAGCGAUUAUAGCGGAGCUGGGGGUGAUCCAGGACAGCACAGCCAGUCUAGUGAAGUCUCUAAGGCUGUUGGUGGAAUUUACAGAUCCAGAGAGAGGACAGUUGGCAGAAGCUCAAGACAAGGCAUCGGAGUCUUUAUCUGUGUGGAGAACACUGUUUGCUUCUGCUGCUCCUACAUUACCUCCCAGCACUUGAAGAAUGUCUGAGUCAGAAGAAAAGGACGACCCUCCCAAGCACUUCAGUGCUUUCGCUUAUGACACCCACCUUGAUCCUGGCACUCUGUCACUUAGCGAAUCUGAUCCUGAAUUGUCAGAUGAUGCGGAGGUGGCAUCUGUGACCCCAGAAGAAGAAGAAGAAGAGGAGGUAGAUGAUGUGGUAAACCCUAGGCAGGGUGGUGUACAAAAAUCAUUUGGCCUGCCUUUCACCCUGAAGGGUACAGAUGCAAGCUUCUCUCAACGUAGCCACGGCAUCUUUGAAGGUCUACAGGAUUUACAGAAAAGUUCUCCUCUUCCUCAUCGUAACUUAAAACAGAAACGUAAGGUGAUGACCAGCUCACUGCAAGAAGUGACAACUCUGACAAGGGAAAACUCUGAUUCUGUCUCAGCUGAGCAUGAAGGUACUGAGAGUGAUCUGUUGCUCAAAAGUGCAGGCAGAGCACGUUCUACCAGUGCAAAACCCUUAGUACCUGUAGGUCGUGUGCCUGAUUAUUUGGAGCAUCCUGAGCGUUGGACUAAAUACAGCCUGAAGGAUGUGCCGGACACCAGUGAUCGUACCAAUCGCAAUACAGCUCUUAACUUCCUGACAGAGCUACACCAACGAAAGGAAGCUAAGCGGGUUCAGAAGAAAUCGAGCACACUCUUCUACAACCAAGACUCUUCUAGUUCUGGAGAGGGAAGAAUCCUAUUUAAGAGGCCCAGCAAAGAGGACCAGGGGAACAAAGAUAAAAGUGGGUUGCAUUUAGGACCUCUGCACAUGUCAGAGUCCUGGGGUGAUGAAGGAAAGGAAGAGGGUGACGUAGUGGUGGAGCAGGCAAAGACUGAAGACGUGGGCUUCCAUGGAUUUAAGAAACGGCCCCGAAAAAAUAUUCGUCCAAAAAAAGGUGAAGUAGAGGAAGCGGAUUCCCCUUAAGGACAUCUAAGAAAACAAUGUACAAAAUACUGAAAUAAAAGAAUAUCUUAACGUGGGCAUAUAAUAAUAAGUACAUUUCUCUAUCGUCCUAAGUGGAUGCUGGGGUUCCUGAAAGGACCAUGGGGAAUAGCGGCUCCG